CCAAAAAUUUAUAAAAAUGUGUUUAUUUCACUUCAAGAGACGUUUUUGCGUCAACAAUUUCUUCAUAUUGUUAAUCGACUCUUGGGUUUGCACUUGUUCUGUUUUUUGUUUACAAGUUCGGGGAAUUAGUUUUAGAAAGUAAGGCAUGGCGCGAGGGAAAAGAGCUAAAAGUAAACUGUUUAAGAAAUGCCGAGACGAAGAGGAGAAGCAGAAACCAGAGCAGUUGAAAAAUGAGGGGACGAAAAAGGUGGAGGAGAAAUGUUCGAGUCGUACACACUCUUACUUCAAAAGUGAAGAGCUGCAAGAAGUUUGUGCAGUGCUAAGUGUUGAGGAAUUAGGAGAGAACCACUGCUUUCUGGGAGCUGUAGUUAUUGGAAAAUUUGAUAUUGUGAAGAAGCUUCUAAAAGAUGGAGUCUGCAUUGACACAAUGGAUGAAAACCGUGAAACAGCGCUGAUGCAUGCAGUCAAGCACUUCCGAUACGAGAUGGUAGACUUCCUGGUGACCCGAGGCGCUGACAUAUCUCUGGUAGACUGUGACGGAAACAACGCCUUGCUGCUGGCAGCUCAGAACUCGCUCUGGGACCAGGACAGCUUCUCCGAUCUGUGGAACUCCGUGCGAGACCAUCCCUGGCUCAGGCCUAACCACACCAACCAAGCCGGAUAUAGUCUGCUCCACUACAUAACCAAACGGCAGUGGAAGCUCGUGCUGGAAUUGUUGCUGAGUAUACCUGUCACCUUGGACACCCAGACCAACAAAGGGGUGACGCCUCUCAUCCUGGCGGCAUCGCGGGGUGACGCGGCCUUCGUGCGGGCCUUGCUGGACAAGGGGGCGGACUUCACUGUAGAGGAUCAGCAAAGGUGUACGGCGCUCUGCUAUGCAAUCGCUUUCAGUGUCCAGAAAAAUGGAGCAGAAGCUAAACAAGCACUGGAACUCAUAUUGGCCGCUGUGAAUGAGGAGAACUCCAAACUACCCUUGGAACUUUAUCUCCAGAGAAGGCUUGAAGUACUAGUCGCUCCUCCUAAAAGCAAGUCCGAGUUCAGCAAAACUGUCACAAGCGUUAUGGUUCACGUCUUGACUUUUCUUCGCUCGUCUGAUCUACAGUGGAAUGGAUCUACUCUUGGAGCUGUCUGUGUUUCACAGAUUAAAGGAGGGUCUCCUUUUCGCAGGACUCUGAUCGUAGCCCUACACAAAAAUGUAAAAAAUGCCGUGGAGUGCCACUUGGAGGACGCCUUGUACACGGCUGCAGUGAUGUCAGUGGUGCUAGAACUCGUACGCCACAGUGACCAGUGCUGCCAGGAGGGCCAUUCACAACUCGAAUUGGCGGACGCCUUCUUCGCCGCCGGGCUCGGAAAAUGUUGUCUUGACAUCUUGAACAGAUAUGGUACUGGAAAGACGGCGUUGAUAAAGGCGGUAUUUAUGCCUUUAGUGUUCAUCUGUACUAGUGAGAGUUACAGAGCUCGCACGUGGUUGGAGUCACAUCACGAGUUCCUGCAGUCAUUCUAUAACAAAUACAUGCGUUCAUUCCCUGUCAUAUUUCUGGAGACCAACGGUGACCCACAUCUGGAACUGGAGAAGAAGAACUCGGCGUCAUUCCAGAAGAUCAUGAAGACUUUGAAAACCCAGGGCAAGAUUGUCUCAAAAGAGGAACAUUGCAAAGCAGCCCAGAAAUUAAAACUAGAUGCUGUGUCUGCAAAUUCUGCGUACACUGUUCAAAAACAUACCUCCACAAAUAUACUGUCAAAUUCCUUCAAAACAUCUUCAGAGAUUAAACUUGACUCAAACUGUGCAAAAGGAAAAGGAUCCAAACCGCCAGCUGUUUACAAUUCCUUAAUUCAAUAUAAUUUUGGAAAACUGGAUAUCGUUCAAGAAAAGAAAGAUUCGCCAAAGAGACAGCUGGAGCAGGAUAAAUCUGUACAGGGACUACCUGAUAAAAAUGGGGAUCUCCAAAGUGCUCAAAGUAUGACAAAUGCUUUUGUGAAGGAAAAGAAAUCAAGGAUAGCCAUUAAAGAAAUACAGCAAAAACAAAUCAGUGACUCUGAUGAACAAUUAUCUCUAAUUGAUCAAGAUGAUCCUCAUGUUUCUGGUGAGAAACGUCCCAGAAUUUCAUCUGAACAGUUGGAAACAACAAAUGCAAAUGACAACAAAAAUAUAUCAAGUAAAAACUCACCUGUAAAGAGUGAGAUAAACGAUAGAUUUUCUGCAGGUUAUCACUUAUUUCAGAUGGAAGAAGAGUUAAAUGAGGCAAACUCAAACGAUGACAACAUAAAAACAAAAAAUGCAUGCGAAUGGUUGGAUAAUUUCACGUCAAACGAAGGAAACCAGAUUGUGUCUGAUGCUGAAGUAGCAAGUUCUAUGAACUAUCUGGAGGAAAUUUUCAAUAGAAUAGUAAGUAGGUACGAUUCAACAUGGAGAAGACAAUUUGAAGAAGGUUAUAUUGGGGCAGAGGGCAAUGGAGAGGAUUUACUGAAGUUGAUGACAGUGCUUCCAGCAUUGGAGAGCUAUCACAUGGAUAAGUUGAUUCUGAAAUGGAAGAAAUUUUGCAGGCAAGUCCAAGAUCAUGCUAGUAAAAAUCAUGUCAUCUACGCUGCUAUGGUGUCAGAAAUGCAGCUGUUCUUAUUGGAAUUUGAAGCAGAACUUGAUAGUAAAAAUAUUAAAAUCUAUGAUAGUGAUAAUUCAAGUUUGGACUCACAUACUGACGUAGAGGAUGUAAAGAACUGUGGUAGUUUUGAAAAUUUAUCAAAUGUGAAAUCUGAACAAAAUAUCAUCAACGUCAACUCCUCAGAAUCAAUUGAUAAUGGCUCAAAAGAAUCAAACAAUGUGAAGAACGACAGUGGUAGUCCAACAAUGAGACAAAAAACUAUUGACUUUAUUGACAGUAUCUACAUAUCAGAGAGUGAGGAAGAGGAUAGUGACUUAAACAAAAGUGUUUGGGAUGCUAAAGUGGCUGUCAUUUUGAAGGUCGAUGGUAAUUUAGACAUUGAUGAAACUGCAAACAAAUGUGUAGUAGAAAUUUCUGAUGAACCACUUGUCAAAGAAACGGAAAAUGAAGAACCAAAUGAAUUAACCAUAAGCGGUUACAAGAAUUCUGUACUUGAAACAUGCAUCAGUGAUAUAAACCACUGUGACUUAUCACCAGUCUUGGAGAGCCAAAACAAGAAUGAAGAAUUGAUACAUUUUAAAAUGUUGUAUUCAAAUAAAACCUAUAUAACUCCUCUACAAAGGCUAUUAGAAGAAUGUGCUAAAACCAAUGGCUCGGCCGAUUUCAAAACGGUACAACCCAACGUGGAAAACAAAGAAAAUAUCGUAACAAAUGAAUGUAAAAGUAAACCACCUCCGGGAUUUGAAAAUGUUGAUGUUGAGAAUCCCUGUUUAAAAAAUGUAUCCAGCGCGUUGUCUUACUGUGGCACGAAGUACCAAACCUUAUCGCUUGCCCUGGUCACGCUGCCAGCAUGCAAGACCGAACUGUUGGAGGGAGGGAACCUUCGGCUAGCUUCCCUCGAGUACCAGGAGGAGUUCAAGCUGUUCAACGGCUGCAACUUUGGCGACGUCGAAUUUGGACUCAGUUCUACAGGUACUCCGCAGGCAGUGCGCAGAUUUCAGAAGCACAACACCUUGUGUAACAAGACAAUCAGUGAGACUCUGAAUAAACAGAUCAGCGGAAUGCUGAAUGUCAAGCACCAGCAUAUUCUGUCGUACACGGCUUGCUACGACCAGCCCGGCUCGUUUGUGUUCGCCGUGCCCUUGUGCUCGCUCGACCUGGGCCAGUACGUGCGACACAUACGCUCUGUGAUCCUCAAGAACACGGACAGCCUGCCGCACCUCACGCCGAAACUGCUCACUAUGGCUAAACAGCUGAUGAGUGGUCUGCACUACCUGCACACCCUUUCAACUCCAAUUGUACAUGGAAACUUGAAACCUUCCAACGUUUUAGUGGAUGCAACCGGAAACCUGCGAUUGGCUGAGUUUGGCAUACAUCAGGUUCUCUUCCAACAACAAGGUCCAGCCUUGACCUCGAUGAUUUGGUGGUCAAGGGACUGUCUCAUACAGUACUACAAUAUGUGGAAGUUUGAGUGCACACAACAGUCGGAUAUGCAGACGGCUGGGAUGCUCCUUCACUAUAUAUUGACCAUCGGACAACAUCCUUUCGGUCAGAGCCUGACAGAGAUCAUUGAGAACAUCAAGAAAGGCAUCGUAUUGGUUUGUACUCAUGAUGUUAUCGCGAUGGACCUCAUCUACUGGAUGCUCUCAGUGGAGCCAGAUAAAAGACCUACAACCUUUGAUGUUCUCAGGCAUGUCAUGUUCUGGAGCACUUCCCGGAGGUGGGAAUUUCUGCUGACCUGCUGUGGGUUAGGCUCUAGACAUAAGACCUGGCCUCUGCCCCUGGAUCGAUUAUACGAUGAUCUUGACUUCCUGGGUAAACUCCGAGACAUCAACAGCAAGUGGAUUUCUGUACUGAAACAAAACUGUGAGGGGAAAAUAGACAAAGGUGCUUUUGAAGAUACUCCAAGUGGUCUGCUGAAAUUUCUGCAAAAGAACCUCGACAACUGGUCAGAAGUUAAAGAUGUAUUUUUAGAACUUUUCCCAGUGCUGCCACUAAAUCUGUUCCGACUAGUGGAGCAAACCAUCUGGAUCGAUCACCCGGAAUUCGAGCCUUUCACUAGAGUCGAACCACUUUCUUGAAGUUGACUUCUGUAAACACCAAAUUCAUAACAAAUCCUCAUCGUAAUAAAAUAUAAAACUAUGCUCAGUUUUAAAUUGAAGUCCAAUUCUAAAUUACACUAUUUUUUUGAGAAUCAAAAUGUAAAUAAUAUUUGUAUAAUUUAUGUAUAUAUAGAAAAUGUAUGUUAAUUACAGUUAUUUUAUCUUUA